GAACGGACACCCAAAGAUUUCGAGAUUUUGUGGCAACGAGGUCACCUUUUUAAAUUUGCUUAAGCUUUCUGUUGGUCUGACUGCUUCCCACAGACUCUAUUCUUGGUCAUACCUAGAAUCUGCCUCAGCACGUGUCGGUGUUGUCCGCCCAGCCAACCCAGCUAUCUUCUUGGAUCGAGGUCGCAGGCUUCAUUUGGCUUGGUCGAGUUCAGAAUGGGCGAAGCGAGCUUCCAGCCGAAUCUCCUAGACCUGAACUUCCUCAGGCCGGGAUCUCUCAGUCUCACGAGCCGUGGGAUUGAGGAAGAACCAACAUGGCAGGACUCAGAGGUGAAGACUAUCGAGAUCUCCCUUGGUCUAUGCCCCCAACCAAUGAGCUUUCAAGUCCGACGGUUCGUCCCGGGGGAAAAUGAUGCACUGUCACGGACUUGGAUUGACCCUGGUGGAAGGUCCCGUAGCACCCCGCUGGCUCCGUAUGCAGUUGCAGACAUUCCGGAAGCUGUUUCCCACAUUAAGCAGUACAUUCGCAACAAUAGCAACUGCUUUGUGGAGGCGGUGCGUCAUUCUCAUCCUGCUGUUCAGCUGGUAUAUUCCUGUGUGGCAGACUGGCUUUCCGAGCUGCAACAUGGCAAUGAUUCUCCCAAGAGCCAGCAGUUGAAGCUCCUUGAGCAAUACUCGCAACUCUGGUUUGGAAUACGUAACACCGUGGGAUCGAGCUGGCUAUGCGGCUACGAGACUCUGGGUAUGGAGCCUAUCCAUGAGGAGGGAUAUCCGCUUCAUGGCAAGAUCUCCACGCCGAGGCAAGUGGUGCAAACCGUGGGCUGUCUGCUUGACCAUGCAACCAGACCACUCCAGGCGCAGUUUCUCCAGUCUCUCAAAGCUAUGCUCUGCGCCGAUGGCAACCCUUCAACCCUCUACACGCUCUUCCUUGUCGUGUUUGUCCUGCUACACGAGUGCGAGGAUAUUUGCAAAGACAGAGAGCGGUAUGCCAGACAGAACUGUAUGAAGGUCCGCUUCUCGCUGCCGGAAUACGUGGUUGACCUCCACAAGAGCGCCCGUCAUCUUGUCACCCAAUGGCUAGCCUAUGCCACUAAGGCUGGCGUGGACUUUUCGAGCAAGCAAAAGCUUGAAUGCUCGCUUGGUUUCCUUUCCAAUUCAAUUAGACAGGCCAUUGUGCAGAGCUACGCCAUGGUCAUUGACGAGGCUUGUCCGGUUAUACGCGCGAGCCCCGAGACUUGGACUCAGGAUCUGUGCUUCGUCUCGCACAUGUUCGGCGUUCCCUGGGAGAAAAAUGCAAUGUACACUGGCAACUAGAUGUACCGUUGAAUAAUAGGCGAGAAGAAAAGCUGGAGGGUGAACAGGUUACGAGCAAAAUUACCUAAAGCAUUGACAAAAGAUUGUCCAAGUGAGGCAGGUGUGAACAUGUAAAAUUUGCUAAAGCCGUUGUGGAUCUAUACACAGAUACUCUUUCUGCAAGUUUCCCCCCUCAACGCAUGCAAUGCUUCUCAUACUUGUUAAAAACACCUGUGCAUCACCCUUUCAGGGAUGCUCUAUUGGCCAACCUUGUCGGGGAAGCCAAAGUCAGUGCCGAACGGAGGGAAGACGUAGCGGUUCAGCUUGCCGUCCUUGGCCAGCUGCUCCGAGUAGUCGUUGAGCAGCUUCAUGUCUUCGGCGU